GAAUAUAAAGUCAAAUUUUGGCAUAAGUUUUCGUCUUGCUACGAUUUCGAAAUGUAUUGUAUUUUUUAUUUAGUUUUUACAUGUUUUAUAUUAAGAGAUGUUUGUUCAGAUAAUAAAAACGAAACUGAUAAUUUACAUGAUUAUUGUACUCAUCCGGAUUGUUCUAUGAAAAACCAGCAUACUAUGUGCAUUGCAGCUAAUAAACAAAGCCCUAGGUUGUAUGCAUCAGGAAUGACAACAUGGAUGAGGUACCAAAUAUUGCUUCUUCAUAACCGUCAUAGAGAUAACAUAGCAAUGGGUUUGGAAGCAGGGCAGCCACCUGCUGCUAAUAUGCGUAAGAUGUAUUGGGAUUAUGAAUUAGAAGAAAUGGCAGAAGUCUGGGCCCGUCAGUGCCAGAAACGUCACGAUGAAUGUCGGAAUACCAUAAGGUUUAACGUUCUUCAAAACAUGGAUGUACGUCCAGUACUACCGAGAGUUACUGAAGCACAAUUGUUAACAGAUGUUGUGGGUGCAUGGUUCUCAGGAGCUAGAGUCCUAGCUCCGGAACAUGUUUGGUCAUUUAAACAAAGCAAUUGCAGUGCUCCAGGUGGGUGUAACGCUCAUUGGUAUUCAGCAGUUGCAUGGGCAUCUACUUGGCGUAUGGGAUGUUCUCAAGCAUUGUGCACUGCAAAAAAGCGUUCCUGUGUACUUUUCCGUAAGAAAAGAAGAUUUCAUAACUUAUAUAUACAUAACCAUGACAAAGAAGCUAGUAAAGAAAAUUUCACUACUACAAAAACAUCGACAAGCAGUGAAAAUAUAUUAAGACGUACGAGAUACAUGACGUCCUCGGAAUACCUGCUCUUUAAAGAUUUUGCGACGACCAAGGAAGCUAAGGUAAAAGAAUCGCCCUUGCACCGUGGUAUUUUUGAGGACGCUAAUAACUUUAAAAAAAGAAAAGAACCAAAGAUUAUAGCUUUUACAUUUUGCAAUUAUGGACCGGCGGGUAAUAUUGAUGGAUUCCCCAUUUACGAGGCUGGUGCCACAUGCACUAAUUGCCCUCAAGGUACUCAGUGUGGGGAUAAAACUCAUCGCGCAUUAUGUUCUGUUCUCGGUGAUCCGGAUAGCCGGCAAUAACAAGUUUAACUGAAUUUGUUA